CAGCGGCACACGUGCAGCGAGUGCGGCAAGACCUACGCCACCUCGUCCAACCUGAGCCGCCACAAACAGACCCACCGCAGCCUGGACAGCAAGAUGGCCAAGAAGUGCCCGACCUGCGGCAAGGUGUACGUCUCCAUGCCGGCCAUGGCGAUGCACCUGCUGACGCACGACCUCAAGCACAAGUGCGAGGUGUGCGGGAAGGCCUUCAGCCGGCCCUGGCUGCUGCAGGGCCACAUGCGCUCCCACACCGGCGAAAAGCCCUUUGGCUGCGCGCACUGCGGCAAGGCCUUCGCCGACCGCUCCAACCUGCGC